CACCGAGAUCACGUCAAAACAGAGGCUGCAUUUUGAUUGGCUCGUAACAACAAGCCACGCCUUCUCGAGAGGAGUAUUAAUAUCGCUCUGGCUACUGUGUAAACACAGUGAAGAGGAAAAGUCAACGCCACCGACGACACAAUGAUCAACUGGAAGGCUUUGGACAACGUCCCCAUCCUCCUGUACAUCCUGGCUCUGAAGACACUGCUGCUGUGUUUGAUGUUCGCCGGGGUGAAGAUCUACCAGGGCAAGAAGGUGGAGGAGGCGCUGAAGAAGGAAGAGGCGGAGAAGAGGAGGCUUGCCCAACGGACGCAGGAGCUGCUCGACAACUUGAAGGAAGACUGAGCAGAGGGCAGAAGUCUCGUGAGAACGUUAAGAGGGAAACAUUGUUACCGAGCAGAGCCUCGAGCCACUUUCUCCAAAAUGAGCCAGACGUCCGGCUGACGGCGACAGGAGGACUGUGUUGUGCCUCAGGAAGUCGUUUGUGGCUCCAGUACACGGACUGUUCAUCACGUCAGUUUUAUACACAGCCAGGUUUUUAUUCGAUAAAAUAAAAAACAGAAACCAUGUGGACUCAUGUGGAGUGAGACUGAGUUCAGCAUCGACAUGCAUUUGCCAAAUGAGAAUCCUUUUCUUGAAAUGUGAGUGUUUUGAAAUUCACAUUGUUUCGUUAAAAUGGCCUAAACAAUGGCAGCUACUCAUAACCACAUUUGAUGUGGAUGUAUUGUGCUUCCUAAAUGGACAGAUUAAAAUCUGUUUAACUGACUGAUAA